AUGUUGGGGCAGAAGAAGCAUUUCUUGCGCCAGCGGCAAAAGGAGGUCGUACGGGCGAUGAUCUCCUCCGCUGUUCCGCUGACGCCGACAGGGGCACCGCAGGCGUCCUCGCAGUCUAGUGGAGGGGAAACCCCAGGUAUCACGGCAUGGCGUCUCCUCAUCUACGACGAUAUUGGGCGUGACGUUAUUGCCCCUCUGCUGAGGGUUGGGGACCUGCGAGAGCUGGGCAUUACGCUGCACAUGCACAUCAACUCCAAACGCGAUCCCGUACCCGGCGCCCCUGCUAUUUACUUUUGCUCCCCAACCAACGAGAACAUUCGCGCCAUUGCCGCUGAUGCGGUAAAUGAGCUGUAUGAGUGGAUGUACGUCAACUUCAGCUCGCAGGUGUCACGAGGUGGGCUUGAGAUGCUUGCGGAGGGCCUUACUCAUGGAAAACUUCAGAACAUUCAACACAUUCACGUUUUUGACCGCACACUCAACUACGUUGCUUUGGAGGAUGACCUUUUUGUGUUGAUGCAGGAAGAUUCUAUGGUGACCUUAAACAGUCGUCACGCGAAGGAUGCGGAGGUGGAGGCGCAUUUAAAUGCUAUGGUACUAGGUAUCUCCCACAUUCUGCUGUCUCAACAGGUCCUUCCCGUUAUUGCACAUGGUAAAACGGGGGCAGCCGAGGAAGUUGCACGGCGGCUCUCCAUUUGUCUUAAUGAUCAUAUAAACGAACGCACCCUGGUACCAGCGGCCUCCACUGUGCUUGGUCGACCGCUGCUGCUUAUCGUAGAUCGCUCUAGUGAUCUUGCGACCGUGCUGCAUCACCCCUUUUCUUACCGUGGGUUGUUGGUGGAAGUGGGGGACAUGCAUCUAAACAAGGUUACCGUGCGUGAGGAGGAUGGGAAGGAGUCUGCGUUUGAGAUUGACCCGGACAGAGAUGAGUUUUACGAAGCCAAUGCCAUUCUGGACUUCAGUGCGGUUGGAGGAAACAUUGAGGCAGCCUUGCGGCGGUACCGUGAGGAGUACGCCGCUCUUUCAGAGACCACAUGUGGCGGAGAGGAUGAUACUGACGCCAACGCCAUGUCAAAGUUGUUGGCAAAUGCUCCCAAACUUGGGGAGAAGAAGCGGAUGUUGGACGCUCACACCAAAAUGGCCUACAGCUUUCUGCAGUACAUUCGCAAAAGUCACCUUGACCGGUUUCACGGUGUGGAAUUAGGAAUAAUUAAACGCGAGGGUUUUGACAAGGAGGAGUUUGAGAAACUACUCUUGACCCGUUUGGGAACGCUGGAGGACCGCCAGCGACUCUACCUUAUUGCCUACUUGCUAGACACAGAGGGGGAGUAUGAGGCGGUGCUGCAGCGAUGUGCGUCUGUCUUUGAGGAAACACCCUUUCCUGCGCUAGCCUACAUUAAACACCUACGCAAUUGGUCACUGAAUGAGGCAGGCCCUACAAACACGGAGUUGGGUGCCGCGCAAGGCUUUGCUUGGGGUCUGGCGCAGACGUUGGCCAAAAACAUCGCCAAUACGCUUGGCGCUAACGCCAAGUCGGAGUUGCCGCUCACAAAACUUGUAGAUGCACUUUUGCAAGAUCCAGCGAUGUCGCCCAGGGGUGGUACCACUGCCCGAACAAUGGGUGGGGGCAACACGCUACGCGCAAAGCUGUUGGAGACGGUCGUUGGGUACGACCCACGGACCAAGAAGCCAGUGGACUUGACAGAAACACACUUUUCGCAGGCAAUUGUCUUUACUAUCGGGGGAGGUUGUGUCGCGGAGUAUGAUGAUCUUAAAACGUGGGAAACUGAGCACCCGAGGAAGGCGGUAAGCUACGGAUGCACCGCCUUGCUUACCGGCAAUAAGGCGCUUCAUCAGCUUUCUUUGCUGGGCGAAGGAUCAGCGUGA